GGCCGGCUCCCAGCCGCCUCAGGCCCCGCUCCUCCCUAAUCCGUUAUCCGCUAAUCACCAUCACCGUCCCCCGGUGGAAACAAACGCGGCUCCGCUUCGGCUGCGAGCGGAAGGAGCCGCUAAAACCUUCCCAUCCUCACCAGGAGAACCGGGACUUUCUUCUUCUUUUUUUUUAUUAUAGCUUGGUUUAGAUGAGGUGAAGCCUGAGGCGCGGCAGCUGUGGUGAUGGUGUUGGACUCAGGUGAAGUCUUCAUGGAUCAGGUCGAUGGUGAAAACACCAGGGAUAGUUUGGAGCGAGAUGUCCGUCCAGAUCCCACAAAAACUGACAGACCUCAAGCCAAACGGAGCAGUGCCACCAAGAGGGAGAAGGUGUCGCAGAACGGGAUGCCUAGCCUGACGGGUGGGGGGCAGGGGGUGGAGAGGAGAGCCAGGGCACCGCUCCAUCGCCCCCUCAGUAUGGAGGUGACACCGCAGCGUCUGAGAGGGUCCCAGGAAGUGGCUGACCGGAGGGUCCAGCAGCCCCCCUGGCGCAGUGGAUCAGCCGCUCCCUCGCCGCCGACGCGCAGCCUUACAAGCCCAAGCCUUAAAGCGGGCGGUUGGAUGCGGCGCAGUGAAAGCACCUGCUCUGUCAACUACCCCUUGGGUCUGCGGGCUGGCAGGGGGCAGAUGCGACCCGCUACCUCCCUGCCUCACAUAGCUAAAGGAUCAGUGGGGUCUGCGCUUAGCUCGCCAGCCCGUCCUUGUCUGCUAGUCGCCCUGAGACCUCUGAACCUGGAGCAGGAGAAACAGACGUUUUUCCAGUCCGACUACAAGUACGAGCCUCAGUUUGAGUACGCCCAACCAGAGCCAAGGAGCGUGCUGGACAAAUACAGAGAGGGUUCAGGCCUCUUCCUGGAGCAGGCGGUGGGAAUCAUGGAGUGCGUCCUUAGGAAGUUUGGCACUUAUGAGAACUUUGAGGAGGUGACAGGUGGCAACGUUCUGCCGAAGAGCCAGGUCUGGGCUGCGGUACGCAAAUACCUGCAAAAGGAGGGCUGUGUUGGGGAGGUGGUGGUGCGUCUCUCUGACGAGCUGCUGUCGCAGGCAGUCAUGGUGGUGGAGAGCUGCCGUCCCACUCUGACCAUUAACCUGGCCGGGGCUCGUCAGCACUGGCUGGAGGGGAUGCUGAGGCAUGAGAUCGGCACACAUUACCUGCGAGGAGUGAACAACAACCUGCAGCCGUGGGCCUCCUCCGAAGGCAGGAAGCAGUUCGGUCUGAAACCGGCUAACCCCACAGAGGAGGGCCUGGCCAGCCUGCACAGCGUUCUGCUAAGGAAGCAGCCGUACCUGUGGCGAGCUGCGUUGCUCUACUACACAGUGUACCAUGCCUCCAGUAUGAGCUUCAGCCAGCUCUUCAGCCACAUAUCACGCUUUGUCCAAAACCCGGACGUCCGCUGGGAGUACUGUCUACGAGCCAAGAGGGGACAGACGGACACCUCUCAGCCUGGCUGCUUCAGUAAGGAUCAGGUCUACCUGGAUGGGAUAUUGCGGAUUCUUAGACAUCGAAGGAAUAUCGACUUUAAGAUGUUGACGUCCUUAGGAAAGGUGUCUUUUGAAGACGUUGAGAGGCUCCGCCCUCAUGCGGCGCUGAAUCGAACCAGGAUCCCGCACUUCAUGCGUGAUCAGGUGCGUUACCUGCAGCACCUGGACCACAUUGUGGCAGUCAAUGAGAUAGACGAUCCAACGCUGGAGCAGCUUCUUCCCUGAUCAGGGUGUUGGUACAGACUUGUUUCAUCUGGUGCCCUGAUUCUUACUGAAAUAUCUGAUCUUAAUGACGCUUUAUCUUAAAAAUGUCACUGUUGCUUUUAUAAAACUUGAAUGAUUUGAACACAAAAGGGAAGAACACACUGACACCUCUUUGUUUUCAAUCUGAUGCAUGUUUGUGUUGCUUUUUCACACAGAUCUGUGUACUUUAACUGCGCCCCCCCCCCCAUGAAAAUACCUCAGUAUUAUCACUAUGUAACAACCAUUAUAUAUGUAUGCUCACAUAAUCAUAGCUGGCACGCUUUAUUUAUGCAAUUGUUUGACCUUUUUUUACUUUGCAACAACUUGAAUGUCAUUGGUGUUAGCUUUAUAUUUUAUCUUAAAAACAAUGUAUCUAUGCCUUAGAUUUUUUUCCAUUUAAAAAAAAAGAACACCAAGGACACAACAUUUAAAAACCAUGGGGGGGCUUCGCAGUCACUGAGGCCAGGAAUCUUAAAAUUAUGAAGGAUUAUCAAGUGCCACUGGACUCAGGCAUUUAAAUCCCCCCAGGGGUUUUAUUUAUCAGUGUUAUUGUGAAGCUAAUCAGCAGUGUUGUCUUAAUGUGUCCUCGGUGGGCAUUCAGUAUGCUACUGUGAUACGACCCGUCCUGGAGUUCCCCUGCUGCAACAGCCAGACUUUUGUUUGCCACACCGAUGUAAUGGUUCAACAUUUGGGAUCUUUGCAGAGCUUCUUGGUUGUUGUUUUUUUUAACCUCUUCUUGUUUUUAAGUAGAAGCCCUGGCAGAAGAAAAUACUUUCAGUGAGGAAAAUAAGUAUUUUAAAACCCUGCUAUUUUGCAAGUUUUCCAAUCGUAGGUGCAAAUCCACUGUGAGAGACAUAAUCUAAAAAAAUAAUAAUAAUAAUCACUAGCUGUGGCAGUGUGUGCGUGAAUGGGUGAAUGACUGAAUGUAGUGUGAUGCACUUUUGUCAAGUCUGUCUCUGGCAAAGUGCUUUGAAAAAGCGCUGUAUCAGUACAGCCCAUUUACUGAAAUUUUUCCUGUAGUUUUUUUUUUACCAGGUUUGCACAUGCUACAGGGGGGAUUUUGGCCCACUCCUCCACACUGAUCUUCUCUAGACAAGUCAGGUUCCUGAGCUGUUGUUUAGAAACACGGAGUUUGAGCUCCCUCUAAAGAUUCUCUAUUGGGUUUAGGUCUGGAGACUGGCUAGGCCACACCAGAACCUUGAUAUGCUCUCCCAGAGUGUUACAAGACCCAGCCUCGACCCAUCUUCAAUGCUCUAAGGGAAGGAGGUUGUUCCCCAAAAUCUCCCAAUACACGGCCCUGGUCAUCCUCUCCUUAAUGCAGUGCAGUUGCCCUGUCCAAGGUACAGAAAAACAGCAAAGCAUGAUGCUACCACCCCCAUGCUUCACAGUAGGGAUGGUGUUCUUGGGAUGAUACACGUCAUUCUUCUUCCUCCAAACACGGUUACUGGAAUUAUGAUUAAACAGUUCUAUUUUAGUCUCAUCUGACCACAUGACUUUCUCCCAUGACUCCUCUGGAUCAUCCAAAUGGUCAUUGGCAAACUUAAGACGGGCCUUGACAUGUGCUGGUUUAAGCAGGGGAACCUUCCAUGCCAUGCAUGAUUUCAAACCAUGACGUCUUAGUGUAAUGCCAACAAUAACCUUGGAAACGGUGGUCCCAGCUCUUUUCAGGUCAUUGACCAGCUGCUCCCGUGUAGUUCUGGGCUUUUUUUUUCACCCCUGUGAGGGAGAUUGUCAUAUUUAGCUCCUUCCAUUUUCUAAUGAUUGCUCCAACGGUGGAUCUUUUUUCACCAAGCUGCUUGGUAAUUUCCCAAUAGCCCUUCCCAGCCUUUUGGAGGUUUACAAUUUUGUCUUUGGACAGCUCUUUGGUCUUGUCCAUGUUAGUAGUUGGAUUCUCACUGAUUGCAUGGGGUGGCCAGGUGUCUUUAUGCAGCUAACGACCUCAAACAGGUGCAUUUAAUUUAGGAUAAUAAAUGGAGUGGAGGUGGACAUUUUGAAGGCCGACUUAACAGGUCUGUGAGGGUCAGAAUUCUAGCUCAUAGACAGAUGUUCAAAUUCUUAUUUGCAGCUGGAUUAUACAAAUAAAUAUUUAAAAAAAAUCAUACAUUGUGAUUUCUGGAUUCAUUUUUAGAUUAUAUCUCUCACAGUGUACAUGCACCUACGAUGACAAUUUCAGACUCCUUCAAGAUUUCUAAGUGGGAGAACUUGCAAAAUAGCAGGGUGUCCAAAAACGUAUUUUCCUCACUGUAGCAGCGUUCUUUAAAAGUUAUUUAUAAUAGUUCCAAAACUUUUCUUACAAAAAAAAAAUGGCUACCCAAAACUAACAUUAAAAGCACUCACUUUAAGGAGAAAGGUACUCACAAUUGAAAUGAUCUGUCUUUUCACCAAGAUGAUAGUCUUCAGGUAGAAGUACUGAUUUCCAGUUAAGAUUGAAACCAGCAUCGUUAAUCUGCAGUGAAUGAAGGAAGCUUAAAGUUUCACGCUAUAUUACACUAUUGUUGUCAAAACCUUGUCCAUAGAUCUUAAGCCACGCCUCUUUCUGGCUUUGAAAAGCCUCUUUCAACUAAUAAUUCACAUAUGGUGGGCAGAAAGGAAAAGAUUUAUACCAUCCGCGAUUCAUUUUGCCCUGACUGAAAUAAAAUCUAAAAAAGGAUAUUCUAUCAGAUUCUGUUUUGUGGACAACGGUUUUCUCUUUAUGAUAGGUUGUCAGUAUCUGUUGGUCCAUAUAUGCUGAUGUCCUCAAUCCAUGCAUGGUACUUCAGAUUCAGAUUAUGUUCAGAUUACAUGCUACUCUGAGACAGAAAGGUGGAUUUCAAAUCACCUGUUAAUACAGAUUUAUCUUUUAAAAUGUUCAAAUCGGGUACAUUAGAAAUUUAAAAUCAUAUCUACUCUCAGCUGAGAAUAUAAGACCUCUAUAAUAGCAAAGAACUCCCAAAUAUUGAACCAAUGUUUUUGUUUUAGGUGAAAUGCCAAAGUGGUAUUUUAGGCGUUUUUAGGGCUUUUUGUGAAACAGCUGGGCACAGCUGCUCUUUGUAGCUCCUGAUUCAGAUGUUUUAGUUUUUAGGAGGAGGCCAGGUGCUGUUGGCGUGCCUUUGAUGGGUGUAGAGCUCAUCAUCUGUAGCUAUUAGUCUGUAUGUUUGUAGGCUGCUUUCCACGUUGAUGCUACAGAUAUCAGUCAGGGCAUUCAGUUUGAGCCAAGCUUUCCGAUCACAUUGGUAGAACCGGGUCGAAGGCCUGGUUUUGAAAUAAAGCCAGUCAUCCAAAGGGGAGACUGAUGCAUUUUAAAUACUCAGAUUUGCUCUUUCAGAUGCGAUUGAAGUUUUCUCUGCUGUGUUUACAGUUUAAGUCACCUAAGCAGAAAUAUUUUAAAUCUGAGCCCGAUGUCCUCCUCAGGACUAUGGCCCAGAUUCUCCUAAACGAAUGCAUCAACCUGUAUCACACUAAUGUUGCACAAGUGUUUUUAUGUUUUGGAAGUACAUAUUGAAUUUCCAGUGUUAUUUAUUAAACACACGCACUUAUUGAACCCUUUGGUCUGUGGUUUAUUUAAGGGUAUUAGAUCACAUAAAUGAUCAUUUUUACCAUUACCAAGCUCUUCCAUUUGGAUAGUUUGUUUUGGAUCGGUGGUUUCUGGUCACAACACACUGAGACAUUAGCAAAAUGAUUAAAAAAAACAAUUAAGUCUCCUUUGAACAUAAUGGAAUGUUUAUAGGGUGAAUGUCAGACUGGGAAGACGUCUUGCUAUCCACAAGUUGUUUCUAGUUUCCUCCCACUUAUUUCCCUGCUCAGUGAAUGUUAAUGUGAAGGGUCAUGAUUUGGACAGUAAUCUAAAAUAAGUUGGUGUGAUUAGAACAAAAUAUAAAUUUAGCUCAUCUUAUACUUACCGUUGUGAGGGCUACACUUUAAGGAAGUCACACAAAACAGGACUGGAUGCCAUUUAGAUUGCUUUCAUCAGGUAAAGUUUUAAGAUGAAGAUUUUACCUUCAGUUUAUAGAGUACUGUGACUUUAAAUCACUUUAUUAUUUUUUACUUAAUUAACUGUCUUCACUAUGUCUUCAUCUUCUACACCAGAAUGUGGGCUUUUUCUCUUACACUAAGAGUAUGUAGACAAACAGAAUCUAUGUUAUGCCUAAAAGGCCACAAUACAUAAAAACACAUCUGGUCUUUUUACAUCAAAAUAGACACUGAAAAGCCAGUAGCAAACCAGUAAAAGGGUUUCCUAGACCUCAGAACCAACAAACUUAAUAGAUUAGUAGGGAAAUGUAUUUACUACAUGAACACCGCUUGGAUAGUUUGACAUUAAAUGACCUGCUUUUACUCAGAGUUGAGCUUCUGACUUGAAGACAAGUUUUAUUAGACAGCCAAAAAUCUUCUGGGUCUUGAUGUUUUAUUUUAACAUGGUGAUGAAAACACUGAGGAGGGGGAAGAAAACACCAACACAUGCCUUUUAAAUAAAAACUGUUUAUUCUCUUUCAAUAUAACUUUUGUUCUAUCAUAGCAGAAAAGAGCCUCCACGUCAGUGCUAAAACCUGGAACUGGAUCUCCGGCUGCCGCAACGAUGAGGCUGGGUUCUGAUCCGACGACAGUCACUGUUUAAAAACGGACGUCAGAUCCGGUCAAAUGGGACUGCAUGUUCCCUUGGCUUUGAUGGGAGAAGUUCAGUCCGUUUGUUGAGUUUGUGUGUGUAAGUGUGUGUGUGCUGCAAAAAACUGACAUCUUGCUCCAGUAUGGCUGUUGAUGUGGAGGCAGAGGUUUCUGCCAAGAAAAGGUUGUAAGUUGAGGUAAAAAAAAAAAAAAAAA